GUACAAGCUCACGCAUCUACGCACGGCAACCGAUAACAAGUUUGAAGUCAAACUCACCACGGCCCAAUUGCGUGCGUCCUGCGGACCGACUGCCCGACUACUGUGUGCUCGGAGAAAGACCGUCGCUUGCUAGAUUAGAAGCUGCUGGUGUUUCGCGACUGGGUUCGUUCAACAGUUGUCUGUCGCCGACGGUUUUUUUUCUUUCUUCACGAGCCUGCGCCGGGGUUCGAUCAACCGCGCAGCGUCAACGUCUGACGCUCCAAGAUUCAAAUAUGUUCUCCUCCUUGAACCGGCCUGCGGGCCAGUCGACCUUCGGCGGUGGUUCGACUAGUUUGUUUGGGCCAGCGCUUGGCACUUCCACUCAACAACAACAGCAGCAGCAGCAGCAGCCGCAAUCGCAGCCGCAGCAGCAACAGCAGCAGCCGGUGCUUGGUCAGCUGAACCCAAACCCGCAGCCCGGCGGGUCAUUAUGGCAACCCAACAGUCACACGAGUUAUCAGAAGCCGAUCCCCGAGCAGAUGAAGCUCAUUAUGGAAAAAUGGGAUCCGACCAACCCUAACUGCGCCUUUAAGACCUACCUCUACAACAAAGUCGACGAGCACACUGUCCCACUGUACGGUCCCGGUCCCAAUGAGGACCCGAAGGAGUGGGAAGAGGCGCUUCAGCGCAAGCCAGCGCCCAACUACAUCCCCGUGCUCUGCGCAGGGUUCCCCUCCAUCAUCGCGCGCGUCACGCUGCAGAGGCGCGUAAUCGUCGAGUUCAACAACAAGCUGCACGCCAUCAACGCCAGCCUGGACGCGAUCCUGUCGCGACACGACCUCGAGCACACGGUGCGUGCCUUCAAUGCGCGCCGCCGCCACGCCGAGCUGAGCAAGCGCUGCCUGGUACUCGCCUCGCGAGUGCAGGUGCUGCGCAACCGCGGGUACGCCCUCAGCGGCGACGAGGACGAGCUCAAACAGAAGCUGGCCCGCAUCGACAAGAGCAUCCAGGACCCGGCCCUCAGCGCGCGCAUGGAGGAGCUGUGGAGCCGCCUGAUUAUCCUGAGGGGUUAUGCGGAAAAUUUGAAGGACGAGAUCAACAAGCCCGGUUUUGCGGACGGCGAUGGGUUAGAUGAGGAAGUCGAGGCCAAGGCGAAAAAGAUCCUCGAGGAUUAUGACAAACAGCUGCAACAUCUCAAGACGCAGGUCGAGGAGGCCAAGAAAGACUUUGAGGCAUGGGAAGCCCAACACAAUCCGACACCGGCGCCGGCCACGUCUGCUUAAUGAAAGGGGGUUUCUAGCUUCGGGAUGAUGAUACCCAGGAAGAUUUUGGUGGUGUAAUGUUAGCCGGGGUCAUGUAGCAUGUCAUACUGAGCGUCCGAAGGGUUCAUUCGGCGUUGUUACACCCAGUCAAGGCC